AUGAAUAAUCACAACCAUAACAACACAAACAACUAUGGCGGAAUACCGGUUGCACCUCCUUAUUAUACAAAUCGAGACACUGAAAUGACAGAAACUCAACCAAAGUCUCGACAUCAGCUCAAACACAAUCCUGCUGGAAAGUUGGCGAAACAAAGAUCAUCGCCAGGAAAGAGAAUUGUCUAUUAUCACAGUUUAGAACCCGACAUCAACCACAUUAAAAAGCCACUGAAGAGAAUAGAUUUUACGCAGAAAUUACCAGCCGAAUUAUGCACAUUUAUCGUAUCACUACUCGAUUUUGACACAUUACUUGUGAUUCCCAAAGUAUCGCGGCUAUGGGCCCGUUUAUUCUACAUUGAUGAGAUUUGGAAGCUAAGGAUGACAGAAAACAACUGGAAACUAAAGAUGCCGCCCAACAUGUAUCUGUCUGACGAGGAGCAGAGUUGGUACUACUGGUUCAAACAAAGAUAUCAAUUGCAGCAUCGAUGGAAUAUCGGCAAAGUGGCUUCCCAUUAUUUACUGGGCCAUCACGACAGCGUUUAUUGCCUCCAAUUUGACGAUGAAAAGAUUGUUACUGGCAGCAGAGAUCGCACCAUCAAGAUAUGGAAUCUGAAUCUGUAUCAAUGCACCGAUACACUGGAAGGACAUCAAGGCAGUGUGCUGUGCCUUCAAUACAAUGACCAAGUCAUUAUCUCUGGAUCAUCAGAUCACACUGUGAUUGUGUGGGAUAUGAGAACCAAGCGCAUCCGUGGCCGUCUUCAUGGCCAUUCUGCCGGUGUAUCUGACAUUUCAUUUGAUCAUCGUUACAUUGUGAGUUCAUCAAAAGACGGUUCUAUUCGUAUUUGGAGUAGCAGCACGUUUCAGCCCAUUCGUAUGAUAAUAGGCCAUCAGGGCCCCGUCAAUGCAAUUCAGUUAAAAGGAGACUAUCUUGUUUCGGCUUCCAGUGAUGCAUUGAUCAAACUAUGGCAAGUGUCGACUGGCGAACUGAUUCGAGAAUUUGCAGGGCACAGGCAUGGUCUAGCUUGUGUUCAAUAUGAUGGCAAAACCAUUGUGAGUGGUUCCAAUGAUCACACAAUCCGCGUAUGGGAUGCUGAGACUGGCCAAUGUACUCGUGUAUUUCAGGGUCAUACUGGACUUGUGAGAAAUCUUCGCUUUGAUGGCAAUAAGAUCGUCAGUGCUAGUUACGAUCAGAGCAUCCGCGUAUGGGAUAUAAAUUCUGGAGCAUGCUUACUCAACUUUCAAAGUGGCCAUACAAGCUGGAUUUUCGAUGUGCAUUUCGACAAGAAGCGGAUUAUUAGUUCGAGCCAGGAUAGAAAGAUACUCGUCAUGGAUUUUGCACAUGAGUUGAAUACAAGAUGUCUUGAUCUCUAG